GGGAGCGGGGGGAGGCACGGAAGGACGCUGCUUCAUUACGCUCAUUAACUUUCAGUGGCGUACUUGCAACACGGCGUGGAAAAAAGAAUUGCUCCAUGAAUGCGAGAAUGGUGGACGCUUCUUCACUCAUCGCGUCGUUAGACUGUUCUACGCAGUGAUCGCAAUCGCAUCUCCAGCAAUUCCACCGAACUAGCCUACCAAAUCCUUCGGCAUUUCGCCUAUUUUUUUUUUUUUUUUGUCUCUUUCGCUUUUUUUUUUUUUUUUUUGUCUUUUGUUUGGAAGAUGAGCAGCAGAGAGAUGGGAUGAAUCUGGAUGGGAAAAGCAGCUGGAUCUGGAAGAGCAGCUGCUGGAUGAUUGGCUUUGGGGGGAAGUGCGGUUUAUGCUCAUGGUAUGAUCAUAUCAGGCAAAGGGGGUCAAACAAUGAAAAGCGUGAGAAAAAAAACUUUUCUAUCAAACAUUUUAUAUGAAACAAACAAAUGAUCUCCCAAUGUGUUCAUUAUUUGUUGCCGAAAACUAGUGUGUUAUAUUGCCUAAGAAGAUUGGUUGCUACCUCUCAACUUCAAGGUGGUUCUAUAAGGUAUGAAGUUGGAAGAGCAUGUGCUUGCUUCGUCAAAAUCUUGUAUGAUUGACUUGUGCCAAUGAAACUGAUCUUCUUCGGAGUUGGAAAUCUUUUGAAGGCGUGAACAUUUGUGAGAUUGAAGAAAAUAGGGGAAGAUAAUAGUUGCCUUGGUGGCUGUCAUCACUCAUCAUGGCAACAUUGGCAGAUACUCAAUCCAAACGCAUGUAUUCAUGGUGGUGGGAUAGCCAUAUCAUCCCCAAGCACUCCAAAUGGCUGCAGGAUAAUCUUGCAGAUAUAGAUGACAAGGUCAAAGCCAUGAUCAUGCUUAUAGAAGAAGAUGCUGAUUCGUUUGCAAAAAAAGCAGAAAUGUAUUUCAAGAAACGUCCUGAGCUUAUGAAACUGGUUGAAGAAUUUUACCGUGCCUACCGUGCAUUGGCAGAACGAUAUGACCAUGCAACUGGGGCACUUCGUCAGGCUCAACAAACUAUAGCUGAAGCAUUCCCUAAUCAAAUUCCAUUUGACUUGUUUGAUGAGUGUCUAUCCCUGUAUGCAGACACAAAUAUUCCUGAAAUGACUCAAGGAAAUUUGAAUGCACAUAUUGAUGUGGACAGUGAUCUUUUUGGAUUGUCAUUGCAUCAUGACACAACUUUUACAGAGAGUGGGGAAAGCAAAGUUUCAGAGUACAAAUUACUUCAGAAAGAAAUAAUGAGGCUGUCGAAUGAAAACCAGGAGCUGAAGAAGCAAAUUAGUUUGGAAUCAGCACGUGCCGAUAAAAAUGAAGGUGAAGUUCAGUGCCUAAAAGAGACCUACUCCAAGCUAAAAUCUGAGAAAGAAGAAUCACUUGCUCGAUAUCUGGAAUCCAUGACAAGAGUAUCUGAUUUGGAAGAUGAAAUAUCAUUCACCAAAGCUGAUCUUAAGAAACUUAAUGAUGAGAUGAUCUUGGGAACUGCUACUUUAAACAGCACUGAGGAACAGAGGGUUGCUUUGGAGAAGGCUAAUCGAUCUUUACAUUCAGAAGCUAGCAUCCUAAAGAAGAAAAUAGAACAUCAACAGGAGGAGCUUAACAAAAAGGGUAUGGAGCUGAAAAUCCUGAAUACUUCCUUACAAGAUACAGAUCAAAGAAAAGUGGAGGUUGAGAUUGAUUGCCAAUCAAUGAAAAGGAAGCAUAUUGAUACCCUUGAAGUGAUGAGGCAUCUUGAACUGGAGCUCGAAAUGGAAGUUAAGAGACUGAAGGAUGUGGGUGAAGAACUUAAGAAGGUCAGUGAGGAGAAUGUCAGACUGUGUGAAGAGCAGUUUUCGUCUUCUCUUAAAAUAAUGAGUCUGGAAGAUGAAAUAACAUUCUUGAUGGAUUUGAAAAGGAAACUUGAAGAUGAAGUUGAUCUUCAUCUCGAUGAAAAGGAAGCUCUUCAGAUACAACUUGAUUGUCUGACACAAGAAAGAGAUGAUUUUGUAGAUAAGUGUCAUGCACUUACAGAUGAACUUCAAGCGGUUAGUUUAAAUGUAGAAUCCCUUCAGACAUUGAUAAAGGAUUUGAGGGAUGCAAACCUUAAACUGAGGGACUCAAUCAUGGAAAAUGAGCAUAAAAUAAAUCUUUACUUGCUUAAUCUAAACAAUAUGCAAACAAUGUCGAAGAAGAUUCAAGUACUGGAAGGUACACUUUUGCAUGCAAAUGGUGAAUUGGAGAGAUUAAGAACGAAGGUAAACAAAUUAGAAGAUGGCUCUGCUCAUCUGCGAGGUAGAAUAUCUAUCCAUCUUGCUGAAAAGGCAUCGAUUUUGUCACACUUGGAGGUUGCAAAUCAGAAAAUUGAGAAGCUUUCAAAGAAAAAUGCAUUCUUAGAGAUCUCUCUAUCUGAUACGAAUGUUGAACUUGAGGAUUUGAGAAGAAAGUUGAGGGUUGUAAAAGAAUCCUGCAAGACUCUUGAUGAUGAGAAAUCAUGUCUUCUUUUUGAGAAGAGUACUCUCAUAACACAGGUGGAAAGCUUUAAACAGAAUCUACAGAGCUUGAAAGGCCGGUAUUCUGAGAUGGAGAAAAAUGGCUCUAACCUAGAGAGGGAAAAGGAUUCAAUCCUUCAACAAAUGUCAAAACUGCAAGAGUUAUUAAUCAUGGAAAAAAAUGAACACAAUACCAAUCUUCAGUCUAGCAAAAUUCAGCAGAGUGCAUUAGAAAAUCAGGUAUCGCUCCUCCAUGAACAAGCUAGGGGAUGGGAGGAGAAUUUCCAAGUGGAACAACACCAAAUCGUAAGGGCUCAGAUUGAAAUUUUCAUAUUGCAGAGAUGCUUAUGUGACAUGAGAAAGGAGAACUCCGAUUUAUCAUGUGCAUCUCAAAAACAGGAAUAUGACUUGAGAUGUGCAGAGAAGCUUAUCUCAAAGCUCGAGCAGGAAUGCUCGACACUUGAGAGAAAGGUAACAUCUUUAACAGAGCAUAACAGGAAAGUAAGGGACUGGAUACAUGUAAUAAUAAGAUCACUGAAGAUGGAUCUGGAGCAUGUUGGUAUAGACGAUAGCAAAGAUGAAUUAGUUUUACAGCUUAUUUUGCAUGAAUUGAAGCAAAUGCAACAGACUAUUUCAGAGGUCCAGGAUGAAAAGCAACAAUUGUUUCAGGAGAAAUCCAUUGCCAUCAAUCUUCUACAGCAGUUAGGGAACUAUGUAACAGAUAUGAGAGAAGAAAAGACUCUUCUUGAGAGAGAAUCUGAAGUAAGAGCAGAAAAUUUUACCCAGAUGAAAUGCAAGAAUGAUGAAAUCCUUGAGAUGAGCGAACUUUUAAAAAAGGAGAUGCAGACAAGCAACCAACGAGCGGAAGCAUUGAAAGUUGAAGUGGAUUUGCUAUUCAGACAGCUUACUUGUCUACAAGAAUCUCACAGCACAUUACAAACUAAUUCCUUUAAGGUACUGGAGGAAAAUAAUUCUCUUUGCAGGAAGCUACAUAACUUGAUAGAUGAUGGCAAACUGGAAGAGGAGAACAAUGUUCUUAUGGAGUUUAUUGCUCUGGACUGCCUUUCCGUAGUGUGUAGGAGUCUUAUCUCGGAGAGAGAUUCAGCAAUCAAUCUGUUGAGUACUGAAAACCACAACCUCUGCUUCAUGAACAGCAAGCUUGAAGCGGAGAACAAGAUUGUCAAUGUGAAAAUAAUAAUGCUUGAAGAUGAAAACACACAUCUGAAGGAUUUUUCCUCUAACUGGAAAGAGUGCAGAGGAGAUUUGCUAGAAGUCCAGUAUGAGGUCAAUCAUGCUAGAAUUAUUACUGCAAAAGAACAAAUGGAGAUUUUUGAAGAGGAAAUCGCAGUAAAAGAUUCAACCAUUCAGGAGUUGGAGAAAAAGAAUUUUAUCCUCGAAGGGGAAAGUACUCGACUAAGAACUGACUUGAAUGAGUAUUCUCUAUUUUUGGAGUCUUUAUGGGAUGACAUUGCUAUCCUAGAAGAUCUUACACUUUCCCUUGUGAAGCGAUAUUCUAUUUCAAUACAUUCUACAAAAGACAAGGAUGAUCAAUAUCAGUCUUCUCCUUAUAUCAAGAGGAGCCAAGAAGAACAUAAGGAAGAAUAUGGUGCCACUGGACCUAUAGGAACUCAAAAACUGCAAGAUUUGCACAACAAGGUGAAACUGCUGCAGGAGGCAGUGAUGGAUACGGGCAAUGUUGUAGUGCUCGAACAAUUAGAUUCAAGUGCUAGUUUGGAUGCUGCAUGGAAAGAGAUUGAAGCAUUAAAAAUGAAGAGAGUCUCCAACAAUGACAUCGCUAGAUCAAAAUAUAAACAAUACAUGAGUGACAUACAGCUUGAUAUUAUUUUGAAUUCUUCACGGUACAAGAAGGAUUUUCUUUCUCGCGGACUAAGAAACUCUAAAAAGGCUGGUGAAUCCACAGAACUAAGGGGUAAAUACGAAGAGGGGUGCAGCACUCAGAAUCAGAAAGGUUCUGUGCUAAUCAAGGACAUGUCAUGCUACCAAACUGAAGAAGUGGAAGGAAAGUACACACAUUCAGAUGGACUGGUAUUUGAGAAAGAGUGCAUUGACAAGCUAGAGCUCCCAAAAAAGGCAGAAUCUCACCAUGAUUGGCACGGAAAGGUCUUAGAUAGACUCUUUUCUGAUGCUCAGAGGUUGUUGCUUCUGCAAGCAAGCAUAAAAGAAUUGCAGAAGAACAUGGAGGAAAGUGAAAAGAUCAACCAGCCUACUAAAUCAGAGUUCAAUGCUCUCAACGCACGGUUGAAAGGUGCUGAGGGAACCAUCUUGGAGCUCAUUGAAGUGAAUGGUAAUUUGAUGAAAAAAGUAGAGGACUUUUCUGCAUCUCCUGCCGAUGAGCCAGGGAAAAAGGCUAGCGGCAGCAGAAGGCAGAAGCAGAUCUCUGACUGGGCGCAAAAGGUAUCCCAAAAAAUUGGAAAGUUGGAAUUAGAGAUGAAGAAAAUUCAAUAUGGGCUGCUGAAAUCUGAGGAUAGACAUGCAAAUAAAAGAAUGAGAAUGAUCAAACGAAGAACCGGAAUUCGUUUAAGGGAAUAUAUCUAUGGAAGGAGAAAGAGCAGGAGACAGAAGGAAGGUGCUUCCUGUGGCUGUUUGAGGCCAGCAGUGAACAGCGACUAACCUCUUCCAUGCUCAGUUUUUAAUGGCUCUAUAUGCUCUGCUUGACGUAGUUAUGCUGAAGUGACUAGUUUAAGAGUUUGUAUAUGGUAGCUUUCCUGGUGGCAAAACAUAUAAUAUAUACGGCGGCUUUCCUGUUAUGGAAGAAAGUAGUGAAGCUUAAUUAUCUAUAUUUAAUGAUUUUAUGUUUCCAUUAAUCGAUAUCACUGUUAUAAAUCUUGUACUUAAUGAUAUUAAUGAAUCAUGGUCUCCCUAAUGGAUCCUUCAUCUA